GGUCCCCUCGAUUCCCCCUCCCCCGGUUGGGCCCCGGGGGGAGCCGCCCCCAUGGACAGGAACUACCCGGCCGCCGGGUUCGGGGAUCCGCUGAGCGCCGGGCCCGGCUGGAGCUACGAGCGCUCGGCCAAGGCCAGCCUGGUGUACGGGGGCUCGCGGGGGUCACACCCCGACCCCGACCUGCUGCACCGGCAGCCCUACGGAGCCCCACACCCGCUGCAGGGCUAUGCGGCCAACCACCACCCGCCAGGUCUGUCAGGACUCUUUGACACCGGACUCCACCACGCCGGUGGCGCCGCCCCCGAUGCCUCGGUGAUGAAUCUGAUCUCGGCUCUGGAGUCUCGGGGACCCCAGCCCGGCCCCUCGGCUUCCUCGCUGCUCUCCCAGUUCCGCACGCCCUCCUGGCAAACUGCCAUGCACACUCCAGCCCCAGCCGAACUCUUCAUCUCCGGCGCUCUGCCCGGUUCCGGAACCUUCCCUUCCUCCUCGGCCCUGGGUCCUUACCAGCACCCGGCAUCCUUCGGCAGCCGCAGCUUCCCGGUGGGAUCCCCGCUCAGCCUCCCCGAGGCCGCCUUCAGCCCCGGUUCCAACGGGCUCCUGUCUCCUCACGACCCGCUGCUCCACAUCAAACCCAGCCAACCUUCCGUGCCCUCCUCGCUGGGAUUCGAGCGUUUGGGCUCGGCCGUGCUGGGCUCGGCGUUGCCGGCGCAGACGCCGCCGUAUCGCCCGGCUCCCGGUUCGUCGCAGUUCAACCUUCUGUCGGCGCCGCUGCCGGCGGAGCAGCCGCCGCAGCUCUACAACGCGCCGGUGUUUGGAGGUGCCAGCGGAGGAGGGACGGGUGGAGGAGGAGGAGGAGGAGGAGGAGAUCGCGCCAUAUCGCGACAGGAUAGCGUUAUCAAGCACUACCAGCGUCCCGGCGGCGCCCAGGCGCAGCUGCCGCCGGCGCCCAGCCUGCAGCACUACCUGAGCUGCGGAGGGUCCUACCAGCACCGCGCCCCGCUCUCCUGCAGCCCGCUGGGGGAGCAAUCCCCGGCCAGCUCCGAGGGGUCUCAGCAGCCCCCCAAAAACCCGCCGGCGGCUCCUCGUGCCGAGCCCGGUUACCGGCCCAUCAUUCAAUCACCGGCGUAUUCCGGUAACGGCAACGGCGCGGCCGGAGGGGGGAACGCCGGUAAAUCCAAGAGUUACUCGGCUUCGCGGCAGCCGCCGCCGCCGCGCUCCACCAACACGCCCAAGUGCCAGAGCAGCUACACGCCCAGCACGCCCAAACCCAGCUCCGUCAUCGCCAGCCAGUCGCCGGCUUACUCGCCGGGCCAGCCGCCCCAGAGCCUGCUAGCCAUGGGGGGAGCCCCGGCUUACAGCGCGGCGGGAGCGCCCCAAAAUUUAGCGGGGCCGGCGCAGCCCUCGGCGGGGUUCAGCGGCGGCCAAGCCGGGGAGCUGGCGGGGAAAAGCGGUGGCUACCAAGGCGGUGGCCAAACGGGCGGGCAAAGCGGGCUACAAGGCUGCGGGACCUACUCGCCCGAGCAGCUGCAGGCGUUGCCCUACGGCGUCCAGCCCGAGGGGGGACAGGCGGGGGGCUACGGACCCCCGGCCCCCUCGCAGGGUUUGCCCACGGCCAGCCCCUCGUUGAGCUACAGCACCGGGCACUCUCCGGCCAUGCCGGGGCCGCCGCUGCCCUACGGCGGUUUGGGAGGCUCCAGCCCUUCUCCCAUCAUCCGGCCGCUGCAGUCGCCGCCGGCCGGGCGGCCGCAGAGCGGGGCGUCCCCGGGGCAAUCGCAGAAAUAUUUGGGCUCGGUGUUGUCGCCGUCGUUCAUGACCCCGCAGGGUUACGGGGCGGCGGCGGCGGCGGCCGGAGGGAUGGAGCGGCCGCCCGCCGCCCCCGGAGCGCCGCCGAGUUUCGGGAAAGGAGGGAAAGGCGAGGCGGAGCUGCUGGCGGCGGAACGCAGCGAGGACGAGGAUUUCCUGAUCCAGCACCUCCUGCAGGCGCCCAGCCCGCCCCGAGAGGGGUUGGGGGGAUGCGAGGAGCGCCCCAAAAGCAUGGGCGGCUACGGGGGAGCGCUGGGCAAGGAGGAGCGAUACCAACUGCAGAGCGUCAUCCGGCCCAACUCCAACCUGGAGGCUCCGCUGGAGCUGGCGCUGCUCAAGGAGAAGAAAAAACCGGAGAGAGGCAAAGAAUUCCGAGGGGCCGGCGGCGGAGGGGCAGGAGGAGGGGGCGAGGGGCUGGCGGCCACCUCGGUGGUCCACUACGGCCACCAGCCGCCCCCGACGAUGGAUUCGUACGAGAUGAAGAAAGCUCCGGAACAUUUGUCGGGCGGGAAGGAGCUGGGACAGGCGGCGCCGCCGCCGCCGCCGCCGCCGCCGCCGCACUCGUACCUGCCCAAAACCCCCGAGCACGGGCGCUUGGUGGGUGAGGGUCCUCCCCUGGAGCCCCACAACCUCCUGCUGGACCCCUCCCCUGAAUUAGGGGGGUCUCUGCUGCCCUCGGUGCUGACCCACACGCAGAGCCAGCUGCACGGGCGGCCCAAGGGCAGGCUGGACGUUCACCUGCUGGAACAGCAGCGGAUGCCUCCUCCUCCUCCUCCUCCUCCUCCCCCUCCUCCUCCUCCUCCUCCUCCGCCGCCCCCCGCGCCCCCUUCGGCCGCCCCGGCCCCUCCGGCCGCCCCCUCCCCGCAGCUGCUGCUGGAAGCUCACCUGCACCAGGUGCGCUCGCAAGGGCUGGACCCUCAGGCCCCGCCGCCGCUUCCCCCGGACUCCAUGGAGGUGUUGCCCCCUCCCCAAGAAAUCCAGGAUUUCCUGGAGCCCCCCCUGGGUUUGGAACCUCACCUGGGCCAGAGCGCCGGGGUUCAAGGGCCGGCCGGGCACCUGCUGGACCCCGAGGCCGGAGUCCCGGCCGUGCCCAGCGAAGCCAAGGAUCAAUUUUCCGAAGGGGGGAGCCCGGCGGGGGGAAAGGGGAGAUUCGUCCCCCUCACCUCCAUCUGCUUCCCGGACGCUCUGCUGCAGGACGAGGAUCGCGGCUUCUUCCCCGGCAUGGAGGACAUGUUCGGGCCGCCGCCCGAGGAUUUCCCCAAGGCGGGCGAGGAAGAGGAGGAGGAGGACGGCAACAACGGCGGGAGCGGGCUGGAAGGGCGAGGAGAAGGCUUGAAACCCCCUCCUCCUUACGACAUGGGGCAGAGCUACCCCUCCUUCUGCCCCCAGGACGGAGGAGGCGGCGGGGACCCCCCUCAGCUGGGCUUGGAGCCCCCCAAACACGAGCUGCCCUCGACGGUCAACGCGGAGCCGCUGGGUUUGAUCCAGAGCACGGGCGAGGGUGGUCCCAAACCCCCUCCUCCUCCUCCUCUCAGCACCCCUUUGUUCUGCUCCUCCAAACCCAAGAAGCUGCUGAAAACCUCCUCCUUCCACCUGCUGCGGAAGAGAGACCCCUUCCCGCCCCCCAAGAAAACCUACGCGCAGGAGUACGAGUUCGAGGAUGACGAGGACAAGGCGGACGUGCCCGCCGACAUCCGCCUCAACUCGCGGCGUCUCCCCGACCUCCUGCCCGACCUCAUCUCCAGCUGCCGCCGGCCCCCGCUGACACCCAUGGGUGACAUCGAUUUCUGUCCCCACCCCGGCGCCCACGCCGCCCCCAAGAAGAGGGGGAGGAAACCCACCAAGCCCAAGAGGGAAGGACCCCCCAGGCCCAGGGGGAGGCCGAGGAUUCGGCCCCUGGAGCCGCCCGGGUUCCCCGACGGAGCCAAGAGGCCGAGGGGGAGAGGGAGAGGAAGGGGGAAGAAGGGAGGAGAGGAGGGAGAAGGGAUGGAGCCGCUGAAGCCGCUCAAGAUCAAACUGGCCGUCUCCAAAGCCGACACCGCCCCUCCCCCCCCUUCCUCCGCCCCUCCCCCGCUGCCCCCCACCCCCUCCCCAUUCCCGGGGGUCUCGGAGCCGCCCCCAGACCCCUCCCAGAGCCGGAUGAAGCAGAAGCUGCGCGAGGUGGAGGAGAAACAACCCGAGAUGAAGUCGGGCUUCAUGGCCUCCUUCCUGGACUUCCUAAAAUCCGGGAAGCGCCAAACCCUCCCCCCCAGCCCCUCCAAACCCCCCAAAAGCACCGGGGGACCCCCAAAUUUCCCCCCCGGGGUGCUGGGGGGGUCUCUGGAGGCGGGGGAGGGCGAGGGCUUGGUGAUGGCGUGUCCUUCGCCCUGCAAGCGCCUGGACGAGGAGCUGAAGAGGAACCUGGAGACGCUGCCCAGCUUCUCGUCCGAUGAGGAGGAUUCGGUGAGCAAGAACCAGGACCUGCAGAAGAGCAUCAGCUCGGCCAUCUCGGCACUGGAUGAACCCCCCGAGCGCAGGGAGCCCGAGCCUCACGCCGCCCCUCCACCCGAGGAGCCCCCCCCGAGCCCCCCUCCGGCCCCUCCGGAGCCCCCCCAGCCCGAACCCCCCGUCCUGGACCUGCCAGGACCUCCCAGCCCGGGGGGGGUCCCGGGGGGCUCCCCCAGCCCCGGGCCCGAGGCGGGGGCGGCGCGGCCGCUGCACCUGGCGCAGAAACAGGGAUCGGCCGCCGUGUGCGGGGAUACCAGCGAUGAAGAGGAGAGCGGGGGAGAGGGGAUCUUCAGGGAGAGGGACGAGUUCGUGGUGCGGGUGGAGGAUAUCCCCGCCCUGAAGCUGGCUCUGCAGACGGGUCGGGAGCCGCCCCCGAUCUGGAGGGUGCAGAAAGCUCUGCUGCAAAAAUUCACCCCCGAAAUCAAGGACGGACAACGGCAAUUCUGCGCCACCAGCAACUACCUGGGAUAUUUUGGGGACGCCAAGCACCGGUACCAGCGGCUGUACGUGAAGUUCCUGGAGAACGUCAACAAGAAGGAUUACGUGAGGGUGUGUUCCCGGAAACCCUGGCACCGGCCACUGGCCCUCAGGAGACAAAACCACCCCAAACCCAGCGCCCCCAAACCCCCUCCCCCCCCCAGAGCCGACCCCCCGGAGAAACCCCAAAAACCUGAAAAACCCCAACCCGCCCCUCCCCCCCCCGCGCCGGCCGCGGGGCCCCCCCGGGCCCCCCCCGGACCCCCCAAAUCCAAAGCCAAGCCCCCCAAAGUGAAGGCGGAGCCGCCCCCCAAGAAGAGGAAAAAGUGGCUGAAGGAGGCGGCGACGACGUCGGAGUCGGAAUCCAGCCCGGACCCCCAGAGCGAGGAGGCGGGGCCCCGCCGGGGGCGGCUGCUGAACACGAGGGCGAUGAAGGAGAUGUACCGCAGCUACGUGGAGAUGUUGGUCAGCACCGCCCUGGACCCCGACAUGAUCCAGGCCCUGGAGGACACCAACGAUGAGCUGUACCUGCCCCCCAUGCGGAAAAUCGACGGGAUCCUCAACGAGCACAAGAAGAAAGUGCUGAAGAGAGUGACCCUGAACCCCUCCCUGCAGGAGGCCCUGCACACCUUUCCCCAGCUGCACACCGAGCCCGCCGAGUCCCUGGUGCGGCUGCGCCCGGGGGGGGACCCCUACAACCGCAAGACCCUCAGCAAGGUCAAGAGGAGCGUGGGGAAACCACAGGAGUUCAAGGUGGAGGUGGAGAAGUCGUUCCUGUACACCCUGUACCACUCCCUGCACCACUACAAGUACCACACCUUCCUGCGCUGCAAGGACGAGACGACGGCCAUCGAGGGCCGUGCCGAGGACCUGGGUCAGGAGGAGGUGGUGCAGCGCUGCAUGCGCAACCAGCCCUGGCUCGAGCGCCUCUUCGACUCCUUCAGCGACCUCCUGGCCCAGGCGCGCGCCAAGUGCGCCUGAGACCCCCCCAAAACCGGGGAACCCCCCCAAAAAACACCCCAGAACCUGGGAACCCCCCCCAAAACACGGGGA